AUGACUGCCGAAGAUUUGCGUUUGCUGCUUUGCGGAACACAAGAGGUUUCAAUGCACCAAAUGCAAAAUUAUACAUCAUUUGUCGAUGAAAGUUCGGCGCCACCGGAUGUGCUACAAAAAUUCAAGAAUUGGUUCUGGUCAAUAUGUCAUAAACUGAAUAAUCAGGAAAAACAAGAUCUGAUCUUUUUCUGGACCGGGUCACCAACGUUGCCGUCAAGCGAGGAUGGUUUUCAACCGAUGCCGACGGUUAUGGUUCGCCCAGCGGAUGAUGUCCAUCUUCCCACUGCCAACACAUGCAUCUCACGUCUGUACGUUCCGUUGUACGCAAGCAAGAAGAUGCUGAAAAUGAAGCUGCUAACGGCUAUCAAAUACAAGAAUUUCGGUUUCGUGUAG